UCUUUGGGACGUAUAAAAAACGAACGCCCACUAAGCGUACUUGGCAACGAGGAAAGAACUGUCUAUGAAGCCCUCUGUCGAAAUGAAGUCCCUGUGGUCGAAAUCAAGAGAUUCAAUCCCCUUGCUGUGCUUUUCAAGGAUAUCAUCAGUGAUGAGGAAGUAGAAGCGAUUCAAGAACUUGCUACACCAAAGGUGGGAAACUGA